AUGCAAAAUAAAAAUGGUGUAUCAAAGGUAAAAUUUAAGCUUAGAUGUUCAAGAUAUUUGUACACUUUUGUAAUUGAAGAUGUAGAGAAAGCCGAAAAAUUACAAAAAUCUCUUCCACCUGGAUUGGUGGUCAGCGAUAUUAAUACAAGCAAGAAAAAGAAAAAAGAAUAA